ACAAAUGCUUAACCAAAAUAAAAAAAUCUCUCUCUCUCUCUCUCUCUCUCUCAAAGUACAAACACAACACAACCCAGCUGAAGAGCUGAAGAAACUCUCCGAGAUCUUCAAAGCUCACAAACACUAAUGGACGGUUCAAUUCAGCCCUCCGACACCGUGAUGUCCGACGCUGCUCCGCCGCCUCAACCCGCCGGGAUCGAGAAUAUUCCGGCGACUCUCAGCCACGGCGGCCGCUUCAUCCAAUACAACAUCUUCGGUAACAUCUUCGAAGUCACCGCGAAGUAUAAACCUCCUAUUAUGCCUAUCGGCAAAGGUGCAUACGGCAUCGUUUGUUCGGCGUUGAAUUUGGAGACGAAUGAACACGUGGCUAUUAAGAAGAUUGCCAAUGCUUUCGAUAAUAAAGUCGAUGCUAAGAGGACUUUGCGCGAAAUUAAACUCCUUCGUCACAUGGACCAUGAAAAUGUUGUUGCAAUCAGAGAUAUUAUACCGCCUCCUCAGAGGAGUGCAUUUAAUGACGUAUACAUUGCUUAUGAGCUUAUGGAUACUGAUCUCCAUCAAAUUAUUCGUUCAAACCAGGCACUUUCCGAGGAGCAUUGCCAGUACUUUUUGUAUCAGAUCCUCAGAGGGUUGAAAUACAUACAUUCUGCAAACGUUCUUCAUAGAGACUUGAAGCCUAGCAAUUUGCUCUUAAAUGCCAAUUGUGAUCUUAAAAUAUGUGAUUUUGGAUUAGCCCGUGUCACUUCCGAAACUGAUUUUAUGACAGAAUAUGUUGUUACAAGAUGGUACAGAGCACCAGAGCUCUUAUUAAAUUCAUCUGAUUACACUGCUGCUAUUGAUGUAUGGUCAGUGGGAUGCAUUUUCAUGGAGUUGAUGGACAGGAAGCCUUUAUUUCCUGGCAGAGAUCAUGUACAUCAACUGCGAUUGCUCAUGGAGCUGAUUGGCACACCAUCAGAGGCUGAAUUGGAAUUCCUAAAUGAAAAUGCAAAAAGAUACAUUCGGCAGCUUCCUCUUUACCGUCGGCAGUCAUUGACUGAAAAAUUUCCCAAUGUUCACCCUUCUGCUAUAGAUCUCGUUGAAAAGAUGUUGACAUUUGAUCCUAGAAGGAGACUUACAGUUGAAGAUGCACUGGCACAUCCAUACCUGACAUCACUGCAUGACAUCAGCGAUGAGCCUGUAUGUGUUGCCCCUUUUAGCUUUGACUUUGAGCAGCAUGCAUUGACUGAAGAACAAAUGAGGGAGCUAAUCUACAGAGAGGCUCUGGCAUUCAAUCCUGAACAUCAGCAGAUGUAAUGAAUGUUUGUUUAUUGUGGUUGUAACUGGUGUGUUAUGUUUUUAUCUCUCAAAAUCUCCCCCACCCCUGACAUCUUCAUCCAAGAUGGCACUGGAAAUUGAGAGAUACUGAUGUGGGAUGUGUAGCUAGGAUUUUCAGUUAUUAUUUGUCCAGCUUGUAUCUGUUUUCUUUUCUCUGAAUGGGUUAGGCGUCUGAAUUGAAACAGUAAUGGACAUGACUUACUGUGCUGCGAUUGUCACAUUAAGAUUUAGUCGAUAAAAUAUUAGAAACUCAUUUCAUAUGA